AUGCAGGACGCGAGUCUGUCUCAGCGGAGGAAGCAGAUGCCUGGCGCCGCCGCGCGAGCGCCUGUAUCUGCCUCCUCCUCUGCAGCGCCCGCCGCGUCGCCCGUUUUGCUCAUGCCGUCUUCUUCUGCCUCAGCCGCGCCUCCGCUGCCCGCGGAUGCAUCGCUGCAAGGACUGCCUCCGCACCAACUACGGCAGCUGCUCAUGCUCUUCGCGCGGCGGCAGAACCCUGCUUCCUCGCCGUCUUCCGCAUUGCCUCCAGCCGCGUCUUUGCUGGCGGCCUCGCUCUCCCCACAGUCUUCCCUCGCGGCCGCUGCGCGUCCUGCCCCCUCGCGCGCGCCCUGCUCCGUCUCCCCGGGUCGCAUCCCAACCAACGACGAAGGUGCCGUCCCGCUCGACGACGCCGUCGCCAACGCGACUGGGGAAGGAGACGCCAGGCACCACACGACGCAGCACCGGCUUCUCCAACCUCCACUCGUCGCGCAGGCCGCGCUCCUUGCGGCGGCUGCAUCCCUGCCGACCGGCGACGCGCGCGCGAGCGGCAGAAGCAGCGGACCCCCGGCGGAGACACUUCUGCAGGUGCUUCUGCAGCAGCAGGCGCAGGGCAGGGCUCCCGCGGGUCAAGCGUCGGCGCGGGCUUCGUCCCUGCCGCCCUCCUUUGCGUCUCCCAUAGGCCCCCUCGCAGGCGGGACUCUCGGUGCAGGCUCACUCUCCGCCCACGCAGAACCCCCUUCCGCGUGGUCGCGGCUCUCUUCCGCCUCCUUGCCUCGCUCCAAUCGUUGUGCCUCGCGCGCGGCUUCUCUUCCUCUCGCGGCUCCUUCUGGACCUGUCCCUUCGUCUCUGCAAGGGGCCGUGACCGCCCUGCCGGCCGCUGCCGCCCCGCCUUCGGCGCCGGUUCCGGGAGGCGCGACCGCGGUCGUGGAACCCGAGGCGGCGGCGCGGCUGCGGGCGCUGCUGCAGGCUCUCCACGGCGGCGGCGGCCGAGGUGAGGCCGCGGCGGGAGCCGUGCCGCGUGCGAGUGGCUCGUUUUCGUCUCCGCCUGCUUCGCAGGGGGCAAGCUCUGCCGCUGCACUCCACCGGGGCGGGUUCACGCCUCCGGAGUCUCCGCCUUCGUCUCUUUCGCUGGCAUCAGCAGCACUUUCUUCUUCGCAUCUGGCGGCUUCGGCCUCGAGCCACGCGACGCCUCUGGCGGCGGCCUCUUCCGCGUCUUCUAGCCGCGCGGCCGCGCGCGGCGCGAGUCUCCCGCCGCUGUCGUGGAGAUGCGACCCCGCGGCCCUGGCACACCUCUUCCGCUCUGCGCUUCUGUCCUCUUCGCGCAUGCCUUCGUCUCUCUCCGCUUCGCAGCUCGCGUCUGCAGGACCUUCGUCGCUGCCUCGCGCCUCGCCGGGGGCUCCCGCCGCGCCGUCGCCCUGUUCCUCGCCCUCUUCGUUGUCUCCACUCCCCGCCGCGGCCGCGCAGGCCGGGACGCUUGCGGGCCUUGAGCUGCAGCCACAGUCCCCUUCAUCCCCCGCGGUCUCGUGUGGGACGUUCCCGCCCUCGCUUCUGCUGAGCAGCCUCGGGGCGCCAGCCUUGUCAGUCCUGCCGCUGCCGCCGCAUUCUCUUCUGUCUCCGCAACCCGCUGGAAAAGACGCAGGCGCUGCGGCGACGGCCUUGUCGGCCUCCUCGCCUCCGGCCUCCUCGCCCUCUUCGGCGCCUUCUUCGUAUCUCGCGUCUUCUCCGCUGUCCUCCGCGGCGGCUCCGGCCGCGCCGUCUGCGCAGCAGCUGCUUUGCGCCCGGCUUCUGGAAGGCCUGAGGCUGAAACAGGGCGACGCGGAGGGGCUUCCUGCAGGUGCGUCUGCCACGCCGCUUGUUUCUAUGCUUCAGCAGAACGUGCCGAUGGAGAAGGGCACCGGAGGGGGGCUUGCCUCCACGCUCUCUUCAGCUUCCCUUCCUGCGGCGGCACGCGCCUUCCUUGCCGCUGCGAGGGGCGGGGUCGGCGCGCAGUCUGACAGCCUGACUCAGCGACUGCUGUCGCAGGCCUCCGGCGCUCUGCCGCUGUCGGCAGGUAAGAGCGAAGGCGCAUCGUCGUCUGCGGCCUCACCCCUCGCGGGCUCGCCGCUCACCGGACCACACUCGCCUCUCGACAGCCAACGCCUGCUGUCGUUGGCGCGUGCCGCGCGGGGAGCCGCCGCCGACGCGCAGUCUGCGCCCGUCGCCCAGGCGCCUGCGUCCUCUUCUCCGCUCCUUCCGCCGGCUGCGUCCUCCUCUCUCGCUGCACACCCGUGUCUGUCUUCGCUCCCUUCGCAGGCCGCGCUUCUUCUGCGGCGCGCGCCGGGGGACACCGCCGCUCUCUUCGCGGCGACGCUCGCGCAGUGGGCACGGCUGCUGGUGAAUGAGAAUGCCGCGCCGAAGGAGGCCGACGAAGAGCCGCGCACCGGCAGCGGGAAGGACGCGAAGAAAGAGAGGCGCAGCGAGGGCGCAGCGAGCACUCCGCAGAAUCGCAAGAGAGCGGCGAAGGCCGUCUCCGCCCCGUUCCUGCCGGGCGUUGGCGUGGAGGCAGAGGACGGCGGCGGCCAGCGAGGCAGCAGGGCUCGAAGGGACGCUGAGAAGAAGGCCGAGGAGCGAAGCGACCGCGAGGGCCGCGCAGCGAAGAAGAAGGAGAGAGGAGGCGCCGCUGUCAGCGACGCGCGAAGCCUCGCCGAGGCGCGAGCGGCUGCCGCUGCGUCGCUCCGCGGGCGGCCCGUACGCCCCAGAGGGGGGAGCAGGGCGCCGCCCGUCCGCCCGGCCUCUUCGCCCGCUGGCGGAAAAGGCGAUCCGAAGGCGGAGGAGGGAAGGGAGAGGCCAGGGGCGGCGCGGAGCGCCGCGAGUCUCAACAGCGCCGCUUCGGUUGCCGCAGCCGCUGCGGCGCCCCGACCCGGGAGCAGACGUGCAGCGCCUCCGGCUCUCCACCUCGUCGCGGCUUCGCCUGCGCCUGCGCCCGCGCCUGCGCCCGCGCCCGGCGGCGGCGGCGCCAAACGGAAGCGCGGCGAGGCGGUAUCUGCCGCCAAGACAGGGGCGAGCGCGGCUCGCGCGCGGGGCUCGUCGCCGUCGCCAUCAUAUGUGGAGAGGCAUCCGCGAACGGCCGUGUCACCUUGUCUAGAGGAGGAGGAGGACGACGACGAGGCGUCUUCCGCCUCUUCCCCGCCCUCCGCGGGCCCGCGCGGGGCGAAGGCGUCGCGCGCGGCCGGCGCGCGGCCCAAGGCUGCUGCAGCGGCGUCGGGGAAGUUGCUGUCUGCGUCGCCAGCUGCGGACGAGGAUGAGGCGACGCGCACGACGUUAUCAAGCAGCGAAGAGGACGAAGACGAGGCGGAGGACGGCUCCGCGACGUCGCCGGUCUUUGAGGGCGAGGAGAAGAUGACGGCGGAGGAGUUCCAGCGCGCCUCCGACGACGUGCGCAACAUCCCGACGUUCUCGCUCGCGGAACUCGUGCGCGCCGCGGUGCUGCCGGUUCGAAUCGAGGGCUUCCACGCGCUCGAGGAGGCGCAGUUGCUCUACGGAAGGAAGGACUGGCUCCGCUACGAGUGCCCUCUCUGCGACCGCCUCGCGCACACACCCGACGCCUACUGGCCGAAUUUCGAGCACUACCUCAAAGAGCACUGGCGACGCCGCAAGCGGCUCGGCGGCUACGUCUGCUUCCCCUGCCGACGCGCGCACGAUCUUUCGCCGAAGGCGUUGAGCCGCACCACGUCUUCGAAUGAAGCGAGUAGUGCGUCGUCGCCUCUCUCAGGGGGCGCGCCUUCUCUCUCGCAGGGCAGCGCCCGCGGCGGGGUAAAGGGCGCAUGCCAGCGGAAGAAGCGCUCGCGGUUUCACUUCCACUGCCCGCUGUGCCCGGACGUGUUUCGAAAGUUUUCCUGUCUGCAGCGCCACGCUUUCCUCUCGCAUCCUGCCACGGCCGCAGACCCGCGCCUCGAACUCGUGCCGCAGCAGCUCUACACGCCGUGGAUGCAGGACGGCGACGACUACACCGUGGCGCUGAGGCGCGGGGAGGAGGAAGAAGACGCGGGCGAGCUGGAGGAGGCGCCGCGGGUCGCGAGCGCCGACGAGGGCGCGGACGGCGCCGAGGGGGCGGCGCGCCCGAGAGACGCUGGAGAAGCGGAGACAGCCGCAGAGGCUGAGGGAGAGCUGCGAGGCGCAGAAGAAGGAGACUCGCAGGCUGGCGACACGACGACGACGACAGAGGACGCAGAGAGGGGAGACGAGCAAGAGCUGGCGGAGGAAGAACACGCCAAGCGCGAAGAAGGGAAUGCAGAAAAGACUGCUGCGGAGACAACGGCGGAGAUGGAAGGAGGGCAGCGGGGUAGCGAGCGAGGACUAGAGGCGGCCGACUCUCUCCAACGAGAUGCCGCCGGUGCGCCGGGUGUCUGCGGGGCUGAGGAAUCGGGAGAGCCUGGAGGGCAGCCCCCGUCGUCCUCUCGUUCUGCGUCUCUCUCAGGAGCCUCGGAGGCCUCAGGAGCGGAGGAGGCGCUUGGGGCGGGAGACAGGCCCGCGAACGGGCAGCAGGCGACUGGAGAGGAGGCGCCAGUCUCUCUGUCUGCGGCCGCAAGUGCAGCGGAGGCGGCGCUGCAAAGCGUGAAGAAAGAGCAGAGUUCCGCCGACUCGAAUGGUGACGCCCCUCCAGAGAACGAGGAGAAAAAGACGCCCGUGGUGCCUCAGCCUUUGCGCAGCUGCCUUGUGAUUCGCGCCAAAGUUGAGAAGCCGGAAGGGAGCCCGCUUGGCUCCCCCGCUUCCUCGCGGCCUACCAAGGACGGACGGAAAUCGGUGAAGGAGGAGAAGAACGCGGCAGAGGCGGCCUCUGGGGACGCGGCUGGCGACGGGGCGGUGGAGACCUCAGACCGAACAGCUGCGGAGGAGGUGAAGAAGGAGGGCGCUCGUGGGAUCAAAGAGGAGCAAAGAAAAGCGAAGAAAAGAGUCGCCUUCGUCUGUCAAGUCCGCGUCAGACCACUCGACAAGGAACUCUCCAUCAUGGAGAAACUCGGCGCUGUCAUGGGCCCUGUGUUGACGGGAAUGAUGCCGUCCUCUAGCGGAACGGAGGAAGGAACGGCCGGGGAGCAAACGCAGGGCGAGAAACCGGCUAAGGCCGAAGGCGACGCAGCCUCCGGGUCUCCCCUCUCGAUGGAUUUCCCGCGCCGAAACACGCGCAGCGCGACGGCUGCGGCGAUGGCGGCGGAACGCGACCGCCAUGCGACUCCGUCCGCCUUCUCUGGCGACUCUUCAUCCGCCGCCUCGUCCUCCUUGUCUUCUCCGUCUUCUUUAUCUUCCUCUUCUGCUUCAUCUCCCUCGUCUUCUUCAUAUCCAUCUUCUCCUCCAUCUCCCUCUUCAUCAUCUUCUUCUUCGUCUUCCUCGUCUCUUCCAUCUCCAUUUUCUCCUGCAUUUCCAUCUUCUCGUCCAACUUCAUCUUCUGUUUCAUCUCCCUCUCCUUCAUCAUCUUCCUCUUCUGGUUCGUCUUCGUCUGCAUCAGCUUCUCCAUCUGCGUCAACCUCUUCCUCUUUUUCUCCUUCGCGCGCAUCGUCUUCUUCAUUUUCCCCUUCCUCGCCCGCUCCUCCCUCAUCUGCGUCUUGUCUCUACUAUUCGUCGGCUUCCUCGGUGUCGCCGCCUCCCUCAUCGGCACCUGCCUCUCUCUCUCACACCUCGGCGGCCUCCUCUGCGUCGUCCCUUCUUUCUCUGGCUUCUCCUCUUGCUUCUUGUUCCUCUUUCUCAUCGUCUUCUUCGCGCGCAGUUUCUGCACGGGGCCGUGCGGUGGCGGCGGCAGCGGCGGGAACUGCGCGGCGUCUAACUGCAGCGCGAGGCGCAGCGGCGGCGAGGGCAGCCGCCGCGAAGGCCCUAGCGCGCUUUUCUCCCGAGGCCGCCGGGCAGACGUCGCGCUCCUCUUCGCUGUCGCAGGGAAGGGCUAGAGGCGCGACCGGCGGAGCCAGAGAGGGGCGGCGUAGGCAUGUGUCUCCACUGUCCCUUGCCUCGCCUCCUUCUUCGCCGUCGGCCUGCUCAUCUACGCCUUCUCCGUCGUCGUCUCAUACGUCUUCUGCAGAGGAUUCUGCGGCCGCGAGGCACCUCUGCGGCUCCCAAGAAGACUGCCGAGAGGCCGCGGGUGCUUCGCCGUCGGCGCCAAGCGACGCGGCGGAGGAAGGAGGAAGCAGCGCGCAGGCCAGCCGCCCGAGCGCGGCUCAGACCGGCGCUGAGUCCGUCGUCGUCGCUGGCUUAGACAACGACGACGAAGGCGAGAAGAGUUCCCAAGCCCCUCGAGACGGAGAGCGACACUCUGCCCCUCCGUCGUCGCACGGCCUCCGCACGACUCUUCCCGAAGACGCAGAGGAAACCUCCCCUUCGGCUGGAGAGGCCGUUUUGUCCAGCGAGGCGUCUGCAUCUUUGGAGGCGGCUGUAGGGCCCCGUGAGGUGCCAGAUGACGCGUUCCCGGCUGCAGUGUCGCAGCGGCAGUGUCAAGACGCACCGAAGGAAGACGACACUCAGGCGGACUGGCCUGCGUGGAAGAAGAGACGACGCGAGCCCCCUCCCCUCUCACGUCUCUCCUCCGGUUCUCCUCCCUCAGCAUCCUCUUCGCCGCGAAGCUCGUCGUCGUCGCCAUCCAGGCGCGGCUGUUCCACCGGCGCCGGAGGCCGCGGCGCACCGGCGCGUGUCUCCGCCGAGCGCGAAGGCCGAGAAGACACGGAGGCCGCUGGCGCCGCCUGUGCCACAUCGCCUGCAACUGAAGCGGGGAGCGAGGCUCCGGAGGGUGGCGAGCGGGCGACCCUUGUCGAGGAAGCCUCUUCCAUGGAAAGGCCUGCCGCGUACCCUGAGGUCGGAGACCUUUCUGCCCACGCUGCGACCGGCAAGACCGCGGCACCUGCCAGCGGGCAGCGGCGCACGAGCCCCCGAACGAGCGCGUCGAGCUCUUCUUCAGCCUCUGCCGGGCUUCCGUCUGCGGCUGUUUCGGUGCACGCGCGAGGGUCUGCUGUGUCUCUCUCUGUCGACGACGACGAAGCGACGACCGAACUGCAAGUCCCCGCGAGGGCUGUGAGUCGGACAGGCCAACGGCGCUCUGGGGCGUCGGAGCCCCCCUCGGGACUGGUGUCUUCUGCGGGUCGCCGGGCUGGUUCGCGGAGCCCAAGUCCCCCGCGCGGUGUCUCCUCGGAGAGAGGAGACACGUGGUGUCUCCAGCGGGAGCGAGGCUCGGUCGGCGAUGAAAAUGCAGACAGAAGCGGAGGUGGAGAGGCCGACACUCUGGCGCCCGAAGAGACACGGGCGACCGCACUCGUGUUCCCUGACAGCGGAGACACACCGGCAGGCGCGGCUGCGGCAGAGGCCAGCGGGGGAAAAGAAGAGCUGCCUGCUGAGCUCUUGGGCGCUGGCGAUGAAGCGGCGACGAGUUCAGGGCACGCGAAUGACGGCAAGAGAAGGCGGAAGAGGAAAGGGGGCAAGGCGUCCCCCCUCGUCGAGCCUUUGGCCUGCUCUCUCGCAGCGUCUCGCUCGGGGUGGACUUCCGUGCUUGGGCGAGGAGCGGCGCGAGAAAGAGGCGGGCCCCGGCGCAUGAUACAGCAAGGGCGGCGGCUCAACCGCCUCGCGAUGCCGCCUCUAAGAACGAGGCGCGAGCCGGCGGGCGUGCCUGAACAGUUCUUGCGUCUCCCAGCCUCGUUGUCACUGGCCGUGUCUGCAACUUCCUCUCCGCAAUUUCACUCGAAGGACAACGAGCAAGACGACCCCUUGUCCGUCGGAGGGCCCUCUGAGUCGCCCGUGGCCUCGGCGCUGCUCGACCGUCCCCCGCACUUGGGCUCUAGUGUCUCACCGGGGGCGGGACCGGAGACAGGGGCGACGGGCACGUUGGGUUCCAGACCCCGAUGGAAGCGUCGGAGUGCCGGCAGAACUGGGGAGGGAGAAGCGCCACGCCCGCUGCGAUCUUUCUCGUCUACGGAGUUGCUUCUCGAAGGGUCGCCGCUUCGCCUGCGGAGCAAUCAAAACUUGUCUCUGCAGCGUCUGCCAUCUCAGCCGCCUUCGGGCGCGCUGGGCUCCAACAGGCGCAGAAAGAGACACGCCCCUCUCGCCCCGGAAGGGACGUCGGAAGGGCCGGGUGACAACGGCGACGUAGCGCCCCCUCCGAAGAAUUUGAAGCGCGUCAAGACUUCGUAUCUCGCUCUCGAGGGCGAAGGCCAAGAAGAGCGACAGUCAAACGGCCGCGCGCAAGAAGGCGCCGAGGAGGAGCGAGGCCUCCCAGCGACUCGCAGAAGCUCAAAGUCAACUAGGUCGUCGCGCGACCCAGGGGUGUCGUCCGGCUCCCCUCUUUCAUUCUCUGCGUCUGCUUCGCCGCUCGCUUCCGCCGCCGGCUUGUUUUAUGUCCAGGGCCCCGCACCGCGCCGAACCCGAGCGAGCGAAGUCGAAGGGUCGCGCCGAGAGGGGGCAGGAGGCGACGAGGCUGGCAGGAGGAGCGACGGUAAGCAUACGCUAGCUCUUUCUAGGCGAAGCGCAGAGGCUUUCCUCUGUUCAACUGGCGCCGCCUUCGAAGACCCAACGCAGAUUCGCAGAAGCAGAGGUUCUGCGGCGAGUGACCUAGGCGAUUGCAGACUGUCGGGCGCAGAGACGAGAGACACGCAGGCGGGUGAGAGCUCCGCAGAAAGCGAGACCGAGCGCUUGCCUUUCUCCAUGCAGGCGCGCGAGCGCCCGCCGGUUUUCAGGCCUUCAGUCGGCAACGAGCCCUCAGGGGCCUCGUUCGAGAGUGAAGGAGAAUGUGUUGAAGAAGAGACGCCGGGCGAAGAGCCGCGAGGUAGCCGGGCGAGGCAGCUUGCCCCUGCUGCGUGUAUCCCGCGACGCACGAGCAACUAG